AGAAAAGUAAUUGCUUGGAAAGCAAUCAUGGAGAAACUAAUUUCGCACGAAUCGUUUGAGGCUCCCAAAAAUGCGGCCCCAAAGAAGGCUAAUGGAAAGCUACAAUGGUACUUUGCAGGUGGAUUCCUGAUGUUCUGGGGUCUCCUUUUCUUCGCAAUUGUUAUACCACUUUUCUACCGACUACCAACGGCAAUGACAAUGGAGGACGCAAAUAAAAAUGUGUUCAUUGCGGAGCGUGCAUACAGAAAUCUGUAUACCUUAUCUAAUAUCGGUACCAAAGUGACGGGGAGUACGGAAAACGAGAUUGAGGCAGUAAAUUUUAUAAUGAAAGAGGUCACACAGAUUCAAAAAGAUUGUCUGAAGGAUUAUUUCGAUUUGGAAAUUGAUUUAUCCCAAGUCUCUGGUGGAUUCCCAUACAAAACAGUACUAAAUACAUAUCAAGGAGCUCAAAAUAUAGCUGUGAAGUUAGCUCCCAAGAAUAGCACCAGUGAGACUUACCUCCUGGUUAAUAGUCACUUCGAUUCCAAGCCAGCUACUCCGUCUGCGAGUGAUGCAGGAUUUAUGAUUGUCACGAUGUUGGAAGUCUUACGUGUUAUUGCAACAACGAUGCAAGCCAUCGAACAUCCAAUUGUAUUCCUAUUUAAUGGACUUGAAGAAGGUUCUAUGCAAGCUUCUCAUGGUUUUAUCACGCAUCACAGAUGGGCGCCGUAUUGCAAGGCCGUCAUAAACCUGGAUGCCAUUGGAAGUGGAGGCCGGAAUGUUCUAUUUCAGAGUGGUCCCAACCAUCCAUGGCUUGCUGCCUGCUACAAAAAAUACAUCAAACAUCCUUUUGCUACAAGCAUGGGUGAAGAAGUUUUCCAAAUGGGCAUUAUACCCUCGGAUUCAGAUUUCCGACAAUUUAAUAUAUAUGGCAAGAUUCCAGGGUUGGACAUGGGCCAGUGUAUUAAUGGCUUCGUAUAUCAUACCAAACACGACACCAUCGAUGUUAUUCCUCGGGAAUCCCUUCAGAAUACUGGUGAUAAUGCUCUUAGUCUGGUUCGAGGAUUGGCUAAUGCAACAGAAUUGCAUAAUACUGAGGCUCACAAGACUGGACGUGCUGUCUACUAUGACUUUCUGGGUCUCUACUUUUUUUACUACUCAGAGGCCACUGGAAAAUGCUUAAACUACGUUGUUGCUGGAGCUGCUCUCAUUUUAAUAUUAAUUUCAAUCUGGCGAAUGGCAGAAGCUUCCCAAGUUACAAUUUGUCACGUGAUCCGUUGGUUCAUCCUGGUUAUGGUGAUUCAAAUCAUUUCAUUUGUGCUUGGACUCGCUCUUCCAAUUGUGGUUGCUUAUGGAAUGGACUCCUUCGGACUGUCGCUGACUUACUAUAGUACCCCAAUGCUGAUAGUCGGAUUAUAUGUUUGCCCCUCUCUUAUUGGCCUAAGUUUACCUAUUACCAUCUACUACAGUCUCCAACGCAAUGAUAAGAUCUCAACAUCGUACCACCUCCAAUUGGCUCUACAUAGUCAGGCUGUUAUCCUGGCUCUUCUAGCCACUAGUGUUACAGCUUUAGGCUUCCGUUCAUCAUAUAUUUUCGUAAUUCCACUUCUGUUCUACGUUAUAUCCUUGGCUCUUAACCUAAUGACCAUUUUGCAUGACCUUGGAUUUGCCUGGGCAGCCUUUUUAAAACUGAGCCAGAUUAUUCCAUUCCUUUACAGCAGCUACCUUGUGUAUAUAUUCAUUGUGGUGAUGACCCCCAUGGGAGGUCGUUCAGGAAGUGCUUCCAAUCGGGAUUUGUUUAUAGCAGUCUUAGCAGCUGUAGGAACUGUUCUCUCCUUUGGAUUUUUAGUACCGCUUAUCAACACUUUCCGUCGACCAAGCUUUAUGAUAUUUGCCUUGCUGGCAACUACAGCCCUUUCUUUGUACAUGGCCAGCAGCACACAAUUGGGAUUCCCGUACCGUCCGAAGACGAGUGGUCAGCGAGUUGCAUACCUGGUAAUUGUGCGAAAUAAGUUCUACGACUACGAUGGUACCCUCAGUAAGGACGAGUCAGGAUAUCUGUUUAACUUUCAAGAUCGCCGUGAAGAAACACCUUUUGUGGGAACUGAUGUUAACUUGACCGGAAUGGUUGGCAUAAAAUCAAAUUGUGAAAGGUACAUGAUGUGUGGAAUGCCGUUGUAUGAUUAUCGUUAUGUUCAGAAUCGUUUGCAAAGCAAAUGGUUGCCAAGAUCGGAACCCGUUGAAACUCCAGACUCUUCCAAUUUGGAAUUGCUCAGCAAAACUAUUGUGAAUUCUACUACUUGCCGCUUUGAGUUCAAUUUAACAGGACCUUCCCAUAUGAGUAUAUUUAUUCAACCAUACGAAGAUGUGAUCAUAAGCAACUGGUCGUUUGAGCGAACUUACCUUGAGAAUCCGCCAGAGGCACCGCUGUCUUACCAUAUCUACUUCACUUAUGGUAUAGAUGACUCGCCUUUAAAUUUUUUUGUGGAAUGUUCGAAACCUGAUGGCGAUUUUAAGGUACCUCUAUUUCAAUUGGGAGUGUCAUGGCAUUACAUUGGUCAUGAAGGGGAUACUGAAAGCAAGAAGCUGAAAUCUUCGUUUCCCUCCUAUUCUAUUGUAUCAGAGUGGCCUGUUUUAUACCAAAGAUACAUUUAUUAAAUUGGCCAGAAUAUUAAAAAAAAAGUAUAAAUAUUGUUUU